UCGUCUGUAGCUGUACACCAACUAGCCACAACCACCUGACGAGGGACUUAAAGUGCUACUUAAAAAUUCCACUCCGACGCAUGCUGCUGCUAGCUAGCAGGCGGUUUUAAAAGAAAUGUGAAGUUAACUUUUUGUGUCUCGAUUUUCUUUAAACACAAUGCAGGCCAAGGGAUUUGCUGUAGUCCACCACCAGUAAAGGUAACGGUACGUUAUCUUAGGUAGGUAGCCUAGUAGCAAACUUAACGCUAACUAGUUAUGUUACGGACAACUAGCUAGCUUGCUAACGAUUGGUUAGCAGUUGCUAACCGCAUUAACCUAGUUAGCAAAAUACAAUAAAAAGUUAAAUCUAAAUAGCUAAUGUUAGAUACAUCGCCAAAUACGAUUUAGGCGUUUGUUGCCAUUUAGCUAACUAGCUAGCUCGUUAGCUAGCUAGGAAGUUGGCUGGCUAGCUAGCAAACUAGGAAGUUGGCUGGCUAGCAGCUAGCUAGCUAGGAAGUUGACUGGCUAGCUUGGUCAGAUCAGUUGUAUGGUAAUUUUUAUAGCCCAUGUAUGUAUUGGAAAGACACGGGUAGUCGCAAAUUGGUGAAUUAUAUAUUUUUAGCAGUCUGACAGCGAGUCUGAUUCCCGGGUGGGUCUGAAAAAGAAUUUACAGUAUUUAUCAAUAUUAAAUAAAUGACCAAUUGCUGCUGGUGACUGGUUGUACCGUAAAGUGAUGUUGACAUUACUUUUUUUUAAUAAGUUGUUCUGUCAUAUCUAACAAUCGACUGUUCUCAGUUUAGAGAUUGUCAUCAGGGCUUUUUGACGAGUUUGUUUUUGUAGUUUAUUGGUGCAAAAUGGAUGUUAAGAUGGAGGACGAUGAAGCAGAGAGAUCCCAAGUAACCAUUUGGUCUGAUUCAAUUAAUGCCUGCAUAGAUUACCCACAUUCUCCAGUGUCAGGAAACACAGAAACAAGUUAUCUGGAAACCAAAACCAAUUCAACAUAUGAACAUGACUAUACAGUGAUCCAAACUACCAACAAUUUAUCAGACAGUUAUUUUCCUUCUGAGAUUGAUGUAAAGCUUGAGGAGAAUGACAUGGGAAUAUCCCCAACUGUCCCAUGGUCUUCAUGUUCCUAUGUGGGUUUACCAAAAGAGCAUUCACAUGUACCUUCCAUCAGUUCCCAAACAACAAGUCAAGGGCAGAUUUUACGUCUUUUCCCUGAAAAGACAUGCACAAGUGAUGGGGAGAAUAACGCUGUCAAAAUGGUUUAUUUCUGUAAUGCCCAAGAUCCCGUUAGUACAUCUGAAGGGCAUUUUCUCAAAGAGGAGUCAUGGCAUGGAUCACCGUCCAGUGAUAUUCCCAUAGCAAAUGCAUUCACCCUAUGUGGUUCAUUUGAAGCUCAAAUCAACCCAUCUUCACAGGUGUUUAGCAUAAACCAAACCCAGACCAAUAUUGAAUUGCCAUUGCCUGCUGAAAAUGUUCAUCUAGCAAGAUAUAGUACUGACAUUACUUCUGUGCUAACCUCGCCUGCUACAGAAAGCGGAUGUAAUUUAGCUGUAUCUACUAGAUCGAGGCCUAUUCUUUCUGAUUACUGUGAGCCAUUCAACUUUCCUUCUGAUGAAGACGAAGACUACAAUGGCGAUGGAAGACGAAGACUUCAAUGCCAAAAAACAGUAGAGGAUGAGUAUAUACGGCAGUGUCGUGUCAGUUACUCAAGAAAAAUCCCAAGACAUUUUGGAAAGUUUUCGAAAGCUCCAUACAAGAAGUGCAAGGAAAUGGGUGUAGUUUUCAAUGUUGGAUCUGGAGCGAAACAGAAACUUGAUCGUCAUUUACUGACAAAUGGUGUAAUGGCUGAGGUGUCUGAAUAUGCUAAAGAGAUUAAAAGAGCUCACCGGCAUGUUAUCUAUGAUAUUCUAGAAUACAACUUUGAUCUUGGUGUUGGUAGUGAAUUACAAUUUGAUUUUUGCAGCCGGAUUAUGUUAAAACUAAAAGAAAUGAUGAAAAAGAAUUACAAGAGGACACAACCUGGAUGGUUAGCAGAAGUGUUUGAACUUCCUGAUCCAAAGACAAUGAAAGCAAGUAACCUCUCUCGUCAAUGGGCAAGGUCCUUUUUGCAUAACAGCGUCUCAAAAAAUCUAACACCCUUUGACAUCUGUAUAAAGGAGGAGCCUGUUGUGGACCUGAUAUCUCCUCCGCAUGUGAAGACUGAAAGCCUCUUUACUGAGACAGUUUUAACACGGUGUGCGGAUGAGACCGCACUCUUUGGUCCUGAAAAUGGACCUCAUGAAAUAUGCACAAAGGAUGAGGCUGAUCUGGCUGUGAUCUAUCCUCAACAUGUCCAGACAGAAAGCGUCUUCACUCAGACAGACAUAAAAAUGGAGGAAUCCUUAAUGAUGCCCACAUUAGAAGAAGCAUUGGAGUACCUCUACCCUCUCUGUAAGGAAAAAGGACUUGACCUGGAUGUGAAAUCUAAAUGUGUGAAAAAGGAGAAACUUGACUUGCAUCUAUUGACCAGAGAUGUAAUGUUUGAAGUGGCUGAUUUUGCUUCAGACGUGUGUGGAAAUUACAGGCAGAUUGUCUGUGAUGUUCUAGACCAAAAUUUUGAUCUGGAUUUACAACGUGGGAAAACUGAGCUGGCUCAAGAGAUUAUGGUUGCGUUAGCAGCAGUUAGGCAGAGAAAGACACAUUUACAUGGUCAAAAGAGAUGUGAAUUUUACAAGGAUACUUUCAUGAAAAAAUGUCGCAAACGAAAGAAUCCUGCAGAGAUUUGCAGUAACCAGAAUUUCACUACAUCAUCACUUGAGCUGAAAUACCGAAGACGGAAAGAAGUAACAAAAAGGAGGAGGUUGGAUUUAAUGAGAAAAAAAAAAGAAAUGGACAUGUUAUUAGCCAGGGUGUCGAAGGGAGGCGAUUUGCUGGAAGUCAGACAAGUAGAACCUCAUUGGGUCAAGCUAGAGAGCAUCUCUGAUAAGAUUGACCUUGCACUUUGUGCUGAUGAAACGAAGCAAAAUGUUACCAACUUAGACCAUUCAAAUGUGACGUUUAACACCAAAGAACUGGUGAAAGACUGCUACCCACUCUGUCAUGAAAUAGUUCUGGGCCUUGAUGUUGCAUCCAAACCUGCAUUCACUCACUGUGGUUAUUUUGAAGCUCAAAUCAACCCAACUUCACAGGUGUUUAGCAUAAACCAAACCCAGACCAAUAUUGAAUUGCCAUUGCCUGCUGAAAAUGUUCAUCUAGCAAGAUAUAGUACUGCCGUUCCUUCUGUGCUAACCUCACCUGCUACAGAAAGCGGAUGUAAUUUAGCUGUAUCUACUAGACCGAGGCCUAUUCUUUCAGAUUAUUGUGAACCAUUCAACUUUCCUUCUGAUGAAGACGAAGACUACAAUGGCGAUGGAAGACGAAGACUGCAAUGCCAAAAAGCGGUAGAGGAUAAAUAUAUACGGCAGCGGCGUGUCAGUUACUCAAAACAUAACCCAAGAGAUUGUGGAAAGUAUUGGAAAGCUCCAUACACGAAGUGCAAGGAAAUUGGUGUAGAUUUCAAUGUUGGAUCUGGAGUGAAACAGAAACUUGAUCGUCAUUUACUGACAAAUGGUGUAAUGGUUGAGGUGGCUGAAUAUGCUAAAGCGAUUAAAAGCGCUGAACAGCGUGUUAUCUAUGAUAUUCUAGAAUACAACUUUGAUCUUGGUGUUUGUAAUGAAGUACAAUAUACUUUUUCUGCCCGGACUAUGGCAAAACUAAAAGACAUGAAAAAGAAUUACAAGAAGAUACAACCUGGGUGGUUAGCAGAAGUGUUUGAACUUCCUGAUCCAAAGACAAUGAAAGCAAGUAACCUCUCUCUUACAUGGGCAAGGUCCAAUUUGCAUGACAGCGUCUCAGAAAAUCGUACACCCUUUGACAUCUGCAUAAAGGAGGAGCCUGUUGUGGACCUGAUAUCUCCUCCGCAUGUGAAGACUGAAAGCCUCUUUACUGAGACAGUUUUAACACGGUGUGCGGAUGAGACCGCACUCUUUGGUCCUGAAAAUGGACCUCAUGAAAUAUGCACAAAGGAUGAGGCUGAUCUAGCUGUGAUCUAUCCUCAACAUGUCCAGACAGAAAGCGUCUUCACUCAGACAGACAUAACAAUGAAGGAAUCCUUAAUGAUGCCUACAUUAGAAGAAUCAUUGGAGUACCUCUACCCUCUCUGUAAGGAAAAAGGACUUGACCUGGAUGUGAAAUUUAAAUGUGUGAAAAAGGAGAAACUUGACUUGCAUCUAUUGACCAGAGAUGUAAUGUUUGAAGUGGCUGAUUUUGCUUCAGAAGUGUGUGGAAAUUACAGGCAGAUUGUCUGUGAUGUUCUAGACCAAAAUUUUGAUCUGGAUUUACAAAGUGGGAAAACUGAGCUGGCUCAAGAGAUUAUGGAUGGGUUAGGAAUGGUUUGGAUGAGAAAGACACAUUUACAAGGUCGAAAGAGAUGUGAAUUUUACAAGGAUACUUUCAUGAAAAAACAUUGCAAACAAAAGAAUUCUGCAGAGUUUUCCAAUCACCAGAAGGCCACUACAGUAACACUUGAGCCGAAAUACCAAAGACUGAAAGAAGUAACAAAAAGGAGGAGGUUGGCUUUAAUGAUGAAAAAAAAAAGAAAUGGACAUGUUAAUAGCCAGGGUGUCGAAGGGAGGCGAUUUGCUGGAAGUCAGACAAGUAGAACCUCAUUGGGUCAAGCUAGAGAGCAUCUCUGAUAAGAUUGACCUUGCACUUUGUGCUGAUGAAUCGAAGCGAAAUGUUACCAACUUAGAUAUGUGAAGUUUAACACACAAAUGGGUGUAAGAGUGCUACCCGAUCUCUCAUGAAAUAGGUCUGGACAUUGAUGUUGCAUCCUAACCUGCAAAAACGAAACUGGAAUUGAAUUUACUGACUAACAGUGUCGUUAUCGAGGUUCAUACAUACUUGCGUAAGAAUCGUUGAGGUAAGAUUGGAAAAGAUGGGUGGAUAUUUUGUUUGCUCUCUGAUAUUCUAGAAUACAAUUUUGAUCGUAGUUUGCAAAAUCAGAGACGUUAUCAAGCUCAAUUAUGGAUUUAGAGUAAAGUGACGGUUCGAAAACACAAACCUGAGCUCUUGGGAAAGGGUCAAAUGUCGAAAGAAGUGUUCAUAAUACCUAAUGUUUAUUUAAAGCCGUGCAACAACAAAAAAAAACAGUGCUUUCAGAUGAUUUACCUAAAGGAAUAUCAAAGAAAUCUCACGGAAAACCAUGGAACAAGAUGCAAGACUGGUAUAUCCUAAUCAUGGCAAACACUAUCGCCACGAAGAGCAUUUAAUCAAAGAUUGUUCAUGGCAUGGCUCAACGCCAAUUGAUAUUCUGACAGGAAAUGUAUUCAACCUCCCAGAAUUGUCACUACGCAUUGCAGAAAAGGGUUCUUUUGAAAGUCAAGUCAACCCAACUUCAGAUAUUUAGCCAAACACCAACUGAACGACAAGAUCAGGCCAACAAUCUCCCAAAACAUGGUACUGCCAUACCUUUUGUUCUAUCCUCAUCUGCUACAGAAAUCGGCUGCAAUGUGGAACUACCUACUAGUCCUCCUCUUCCAGCUAAUUGUGAAUCAUUUGAACUUUCCCUCUGAAGUCUACAAUGUCAAAACUGUAGAGGAUGAAUAUAAACUCAGCAGAAAAAGAAAUGUCCUCUCACUGUCAACUGCAUUUAUUUUCAGCAAACUUAACGUGUAAAUAUAUGUAUGAACAUAAGAUUCAACAACUGAGACAUAAACUGAACAAGUUCCACAGACAUCUGACUAACCGUAAUGGAAUAAUGUGUCCCUGAACAAGGGGGGUCAAAAUCAAAAGUAACAGUCAGUAUCUGGUGUGGCCACCAGCUGCAUUAAGUACUGCAGUAAAUCUCCUCAUGGACUGCACCAGAUUUACCAGUUCUUGCUGUGCGAUAUACCCCACUCUUCCACCAAGGCACCUGCAAGUUUCCAGACAUUUCUGAGGGGAUUGGCCCUAACCCUUAUCCUCCGAUCCAACAGUUCCCAGACGUGCUCAAUGGGAUUGAGAUCCGGGCUCUUUGCUGGCCAUGGCAGAACACUGACAUUCAUGUCUUGCAGGAAAUCACGCACAGAAUGAGCAGUAUGGCUGGUGGCAUUGUCAUGCUGGAGGGUUAAUACAACUUUGAUCUUCUUUUGCAAAAUGAGUAAUGAUAUGACUUUAAAAAUGGCUAGAAGCAAGAUGCAUUACAAGAGAAGAAAACCUGGGUGGUUAACAGAAGUGUUUGAACUUCCUGAUCCAAAGACAAUGAAAGCAGGACAAUACUCCCUUACGUGGGCAAAAACCUAUUUGCAUAGUGCCUUCGGAAAGUUUUCAGACCCCUUGACUUUUUCCACAUUUUGUUACGUUACAGCCAUAUUGUAACAUUUAUUAAAUUAAACAAUGUCCUUAGCAAUCUGCGUUCAAAAGUGCUACCCACGCUGCAAGGAAAUAGGCCUGGACCUCGUAAUUGCAUCCAAACCUGCAAAAAACAAAACUUACAUUUCAGUUACUGGUAAUGGUGUAAAUAUUUACUAAUAGGAUGUAAAAAGGCUAAAGGAUAUGCGUCUUCUCUCUAUGAUAGCCUAGAAUACAUUUUUGAUCUUAAAGUGGAACUGACAGCGUUUUAGCAAUAUGUAAUCUUAGAUCUGUUCAUAUACAUCCCAGGAAGAUUAUAUAUAUAUAUUUUUACCGUUUUCAGACACGUGAUCACUUUUAGAUAUGGUCGUUUUUAUAAAUUCAUUGAAUGUUUGAGAAUGAAGUAUAGUAAGGCAUUUGUGAAAAUUCUAUAAGAAUAUAGUCAGAGGUGUCCACAUACUUUUGUGUAUGGGAUUUGUGUUAACGGUUAAAUCUUUAAAUAGUGGAUUUUGCAGAUUCCCUUGGCCUCCUGUUGGUUCACUUUUGUUCUUGCUGUGAAGACUGAUUUAUUUCUAGACGUAUUUUUUCUUCCCCAUUAAACGACAUGUUCAUUGACUAGCCUAACUUUUCUACCUUUCAAAGCCUCUGUAGAUGAACCUCCUGAUCUUUUUUGAUGUAAAUAAGGUGAACAAGGAUAUUUUUUCUAAAUAAGAGUAGCCCUAGGCAUUGGUAAAAAAAUCCUAUGGAUAAUCUUUUUCUUUUUGCAAGUUUGUUUUUCAGCCAUUUUUGGAGGUACUUAUCAGUGGGCUAUUUCUAUUUCAUAAAAAAAAAAAAUUGAGGAAAGAUUAAGAAAGACACUGCAUCAAGACUUGCUUUGCAGUUACCCAUACUUUUCUAUUCUAAGGUCAACUAUGAAGUGAAAGUAUUUUUAUUUUUAAGGACACUUUCAUUGACAUUCUCAGGUGUUCCUCUGACACCUGUGGCAUUACAAGGUAUGCAAGUAAAUGUGUGACUGAGAUGCACAUUGCAGCUUUUUCUACUGCUUGCCAUUCAAACUUUAAAACUUGCAAACCGGUCUAUCCGGGAUCCUUGAGACAUCGCUACCGCAUUGUUUUGAAACACCAUGGAAACACUAAGAAUGUACAGCAGCUUUUUUUUAAUGUCUACUUGGCAUUUUCUUUGUUGGACUUUUUGUCACCUUUUUUAGACAAAUGAGUGGAUUGUCUUUGUUUAUAUUUUAAUGAAUAAAUAUCUACUUUUUUUGUCAUUUAGACACUUAUCCAAGUGCUUACAGGUUCGUGGAUGUUUUUGUGAUAUACAUUUUUCUGAGCAGAUGUUAGUUUCAGCCAUUUUUGGAGGCUGAUUUAUUUUAUUUUUUUCCUCUUGGGAGGAUUAACACACGUUUUUGAGAGUCUUCAUACUUCUCCCAUUUGUGGACUGCCUAAAAGGAGUUUCUUUCUGGCAUACUUUGGAGUGUCUUUGGAACAAAGGGUGCUGCGUCUCUGUGUCAACCGGCUGAGCAUGCGCCCCAAAAGCAGAAUGGGCUUUCCGUCCUUUCUGCCAUGUUUGACAGAACUCUUCAGAAACUACCAUGGUGGUUUCCAGCUUCAGCCAGCCCAGGACUUUAAGAUAGACCGUCUGUCUGGCCUCUCUUAGGUCUCCUGCAACAAACACCACACCUUCCGCUCAUGAUCCCCUCACCGCUCAAAUGGCUCCUCGCCAAGUCCCCACACACCACCCUACGCCAACGCCAACCGAUCUACUCCCCACGUAGUGAGAAUGGUACGCCCCGGCUCUAUGAUUAGACCUCAUUGCUGUCGGAAGAUACCACUCCAGAGCGGGGGUGGUCGCCUGUGAGGAAUGGACACAGCGGGAGGGGCAAAAUGGACCAAUGGGAGUGCAGUGCUGAGAGGGGAGGUAGGAACACUCAACCCCUCCCCCUGAGCCCCCUCCGCAGGACUGAACCCUCUCGACAGGGAGGGAGAGGGGGGACUGGGACAGACAGGGAAGGGGAAACAAGUGAACAGAUAUUCGCCAGGACAGUCGCAGAAUGGUCACCAUGGAAACAUACCACCUGUACCAGUUCAGGACAUGAGAUCGCCACGUUGACCAUCUUUAAGACGAAACAGUCUCUGGGUGAGUAUGCCCAUCAGUCAGCCGCCCACUAAUCAGUAGCCUAGUACCCGGCCCCACCAGUAGAGGUAUCAGUAUCUCAGGUGGGAUGGAGAAUGAGAUGAUGUUUCCAGGAGGAGCUGCCUCUACCAGUGACGCUCUGAUGAUAAGCUUCUUUAGGAGAUCACUGUAAUAUUCCGGCAGCUCAUGCUUUAAUCCAAGCUGAGCCAUAUAAUACAAGGCGAGGUAUGAGCUGGUUUCAGUGGACGGUGAGUCUCUGCAGCGUGUGACCCAUCCGCAUGCAGUGUUCAGCAACAAGGCCAAUGACCCAGUGGUGUUCGUCAAGAUUUUCAAGGGAACAGCUGACUUGCAUCAGAGGAAUCCACUGUCAGGCUUACACAAGUACUACACACAGUAUUUUUAUUGAACCUUUAUUUAACUAGGCAAGUCAGUUACAAUGACGGCCUACAGCGGCCAAACCCGGAAGACGCUAGGCCAAUUGUGCGCCGCCCUAUGGGACUCCCAAUCACAAACAUAUGUGAUGCAUUCUGGAUUCGAACCAGAGACUGUAGUGACGGCUCUUGCACUGAGAUGUAGUGCCUUAGACCGCUGCCCCACUCGGGAGCCCAGUACUACUGGCCUGUCUACAAGGAUGCUCUGAGGUGCAGUUCACCCAUCCACUGGAAAUGAUCUGAAAUGGUGUUCAAACCAGAACACAUGUCGACUUAAAGAGGAGGAGAUGGCUCGCUCCAGCUAGGCUGUAAUGGAAGGGAAUGGUCUAUUCUCAGAGGAGAGCAGCAUGGGUACCUCGACACUGACCAAUAAGCUUGCUUCUCCUCUAGGGCAAAAAGGAUAAUGGUUGUUUCCAUAGCAAACAGGAAAUACUGCCAAAAUUAAAAUGUUUUUACAUUUUGUUGUAACUGCAGUCGACAUGUGGGACUACUGUGCUUGCUUUGUGUAUAACAAUAAUGUGAUAAAUACUAUUUAUCAAAGAUGGA